GAGUGGUACUUCUUCACACUAAGAGACCGGAAGUACCCAACAGGACUGAGAACGAACAGAGCUACAGAAGCUGGCUACUGGAAAGCAACUGGUAAAGACAGAGAGAUCAAAAGCUCAAAGACAAAGUCGCUUCUUGGGAUGAAGAAAACGCUUGUGUUUUACAAAGGCAGAGCUCCUAAAGGUGAAAAAAGCUGUUGGGUCAUGCAUGAGUAUCGUCUCGACGGCAAAUUCUCUUACCGUUACAUUACUUCCUCCACUAAGGAUGAAUGGGUUCUCUCUAAAGUUUGUCUGAAAAGCAGCGUUGUCAGUAGAGAGACGAAGUUGGUCUCUUCUUCUUCUUCUCCCGUUUCCGUCGCCGGAGAAGUCUCCUCCGGUGUAAAUGUCUCAUCUUCUGUGAUUGCUCCGAUCAUUGACGCCUUUGCGACGGAGCACGUGUCCUGUUUCUCCAAUACCUCUGCUACAGCUCAUCAUGCCGAUGCGAGUUUUCCGACGUACCUUCCCGCUCCACCGCCGUUACUGCCACGUCAGCCUCGACGGAUAGGUGGUGAUGAUGACGUGGCGUUUGGUCAGUUCAUGGAUCUGGGAUCUUCAGGGCAGUUUAACUUCGACGACGACGCAGGGUUCUUCUCACCGAAUCUGCCUUCUCUGCCUCCGACGGUUCUUCUUCCUCCAUUGUACGGUGGUGGCUCGGCCCUGAGUUUCUGGCCGUUUGCUAUGUGACGUAUCGUUAUGCUGGUUGGUUGGUUGUAUUAGUCUCGAACCAUUUCCUUUGUUGUAUUGUGUUGCUGUUUCAUUAGUACGUGUUUGUAAUGUCUUUACGCGAGUUGUGUAACAUGACUUCUUCCUAGUACUACUCUCGGACCAUUUGCUUGUCGCGAUUAUGUUUUGUAAUAAUGUCUUUCGCAUGGCUUCUAUUUUAA